AUGGAAGAAUCGAAAAAGCCUGUAAGAAAGCUACGUAUUGACACUUUCAAGCAUCAUUAUCUCGGUUUGUGGGAAGAAAUUAGAACUACUCCUCUUCCUCCUCGCCGCUGCUAUCAUUCAGCUGUAUUAAUUGGAGAUAAACUUGUUAUAGCUUUUUGCCUUGAGUGGCGCGGUACGGGCGCCACUUCGGCAAGCUCCUUCUUCCAGUUGGCCGAGCCAACUCAGGUUGGUUCGACCAACUGGAGAAUUGACAAGUGAGGCCUUUUGGGGAGACUUGUCAAUUCUAGUUGGCCGAACCAACCUGAGUUGGCUCGGCCAACUGGAAGAAGGAGCUUGCCGAAGUGGCGCCCGUACCGCGCCACUCAAGGCAAAAAGUAUAUUUACGGAGGCCAAGAUAUAAAAGAAGGAGUUUUAGGUGACCUUUGGGCCUUAACAAUUUCUCCAUUAAUUCCUGAAGAAGAAGUCUGGACUGAGCUUUCUACAACUGGAGAUAACCCAGGUCCUUUGUGCAGACAUACUGCCGUUGUGAAUGGCACCAGAAUGUACGUAUUUGGAGGAACUGAUCAUAGAAAUGAAAAUAGCUCGGUUUUUGUGUUAUGCCAAAUUGAAUAAUAAUUUGAUAUUGAUUUAUUAGUAAAAAAAGAGUUUUUUAACGGUAAACAAUUUAUUAAACCUUUAAAAUGGUAUAGAUUUUCAAACACUUGUGUGGACAAGAAUUGGCUCGGCUCCUGGGAUGCCUCCAGCAAUCGAUUCACAUUCAGCAAUUUUAUAUGAAUCUUCCAAUGGAUUAACAAUGUUGGUAUUUGGAGGGUAUAUAAAUGGUCAACACAGUAAUGAUAUUUUUAUGUUUAACCUAGAAACACUGCAAUGAAAUAGACCUGAUAUAAGGCCUGGCCCAGAACCAAGAGUGGACCACCGAGCUGUUUUAUAUCAAAAUGCUAUGUGGGUAUAUGGAGGAUUAGGUGACCAAAGCAAUAGACUCAGCGAUUUUUGGAGGCUAAAUUUAGAUACUUAUCAAUGGGAAGAAAUCCAAAACGUCGGAAAUUCGCCUGGGACUGUAUCAGGCCACUCUUUAACUGUAUGUGGAGAUGUCAUGCUUCUUUUUGGAGGUAUCCGAGACCUUAUCAAAGAAACCAAUUCAAUGUAUACCUAUGAUUUCAGCAGCAAUCAAUGAAUUAUGAUACAAAAUGAAACCUUAAUUGAAGAUCCAGUUACACCAUCAGAAAUUGACGAAUAUAGAAAACAAGCUAGACAAAGAUCAACAAUUCAACAAAAAAGCCCUGCAGCUGAUGAAAUUUCGCCAUCAAAAAAACAAAAACCAUUAUACUCAGGCCCGUCUAUUCCAAGUCAAGGCAGGGUCAGAGGAAAAGUCCCACAUAGUCGUGAUGGGCAUUCAGCUGUUUUAUUUGAGGGGUAUUUAUACGUGUUUGCAGGAGACAGACACCAAAUGCCAUUUAACGAUACCUACAGCUACUCCAUUCAAGAGCAAGUUAUUAGAACACCUUUAAUAAAUAAUUAG